GUACCAGCUCAUUGGCCGGGCCCGGCCCCAGCUAGAGCGUCGACGCUCGUUUCCUGGCAACGGCCGAGCGCAGGGGCGUGGUCCCCAUCCGCAUUCCAAGAAAGGAGCGGCUCCACACCCUCAGGCCCCGCCCCUUCGCGCCGCGGACUCCGCCCUUCUGAGGAUUCCGGCGUUUCAUAGGGGACGACCUGAGAAGAGGCGGAGGCCUGCGGGCAGGGGCGGGGCCUGAGGAGAAAAAUUCGAACCGGAGGGCAGAAGGCUGCUCUAAGGGAGGUACAAGCUUCUGAGGCCAGGAUAGACUAGACCUUGGAAAGCACCAGCCAGAUAGAGGGCGAGGCCGAAGGGGCGGGAACACAGACUCUGGGCGGUGCUUAGAGCGUCAAGUGGGCAGGGCUUUCCCUGAAGGAUAGGCCAAGGGCCAGUCUGUGGGCAGGGCUCUGGAAAGCUCUCCUAGACCAGGCUGGUUGCUACCAAGGUAGUUUGUUUCCACCAGACUUGUACACGCAGGUUGGGUUCUACCUUCCUACCCACGCAGACCUCCUCUUCCUGCCUCUCCCGAAGCUUCCGCGACCUCGUGGAACGCGGAAUAAGUUCCUACAUGACAGCCUGGAUUCCUGAUCCAUUAAAACCUGUCUCAGUAUUAGGGCUGUAAAAGGAAAAGCACCUAGACGCAGCACUUAGCAUGAUUUCUGUGCAUAGAAGAUGAAAGAGCUGAGAGAUGGCUUCCAGGGGGAGAUGCUGGCUGAAACGAGAGUGAGAAACAUUAAGAGAAUUAGCAGUUUCCGAUAAAAUCUGUAGUUGAAAGUAUUCUAGCAGUGUUACCUGGUUGUGAUCAUUCUUCUGUGGUUACUUAAAAUGAUGGAUGACAGGGGAACGUGGAUAAGGAGUUUACAGUUUGGUGUGUUUUUGUGACUUUUCUGUGAGCCUAAAAUUGGUUCAUAUUAAAAGUAUUCAAAAAGAAGAAAGAAAUGGAAAUUUCACCUUAAAGAAUUAGCUAUACUAAGGCAAUGGCCAUGACCCCGAGAACACCAGUACAGUGUGACUGGAGCCUGGGAGCAUGCAAAGCAAAGAUCAGAUAAGAAGGAAAACAGAAUAUAGAAUACUGCAGGACUAGUUGACCAUUUUAGUUUAUAUCGUAUUCUUGGAAUAAUAGAUACAGUUUUAAACAUGGUCAGGUGGACAGGGCACCUUUUCAAAUGGUCAUUCAAAAGCAAAGCCCAAAAUAGGAUUAAGAAUGUAGAAAAGGAGGAGUUGUAGACAUUAGAAAAGUUUGAGAAAUAGCCAACUGUAAAAGGGAAGGGGAAGGAUUAAAUAUUGAUAUCCUGUAUAAAUUAAAAACAAUCAAAGGGAACCAGAGAGAUACCAUCAUAGUUAAAGCACUGACUGAGCAAGUGUGACAACCGGAGUUCAAAUUCCCCAGAAUCUACAUAAAUGCCGGGUGAGUGUGGUGACCCACCAGUACCUGGCGUUGGAAGGGAACUGUUUUAUUGAGAGAACCUGCCUCAUUAAAUCAGAGGGAAGAACAAACAAGUAUGAUUUCUUUCUUCAGUCUCAGGCCUCUACCUGCACAUACAUGUGCCCACGCAUAUAUAAACCACACACACACACACACACACACACCACUCGAGGGCAUACUCACAAAUUUCCAGAACUGGGGGCAUUGUUAUGAGAGGUGGGAGUAACAGUGACUGGAAGGGAGAAGAGCGACUCCUCAGGGUUAUAGUAAUAGUUCUGCUUCUUGAUCCCAGUGCUGAGCUGGGGAAGUUCAAUUUGUGAAAAUGUAAUAUUCUAGAUUACUGUUGCUACAGUGAUAGUGGUAGUUACUAUAUUGGAUGUAUUAGCUGUGCAUUGCUGUUACAAAAUGAAAUCAAUAACUUGAAAUAGUUUAUCUUGGCUUAGAAAUCUCUGCCCAUGGUUGCUUUUGGAACUGUGGUGAAGAAGGAGAUUGUGCCUCAGAGUAUAUGGCAGAGGAGGCUGUUUGCCUCAUGCCAUCCUGGAAGUAAAGGAGCUGGGGACCGAACCCAGGGCCUUGUGCUUGCUAGGCAAGCGCUCUACCGCUGAGCUAAAUCCCCAACCCCUAAAACAACUCUUAUAAGGACAACAUUUAAUCGGGGAUAGCUUACAUGUUCAGAGAUUCAGUCCAUUAUCAUCUAGAUGGGAACAUGGCAGCAUCCAGGCAGGCAUGGUGCAGGAGAGGCUGAGAAUUCUGUAUCUUCAUCUGAAGGCGGCUAGCAGAAUACUGACUUCCAGGCAGCUAGGGUGAGGGUCUUAAGCCCAUGCUCACAGUGACACACCUACUCCAACGAGGCCACACCUCCUAAUAGUGCCACUCCCUGGUCCGAGCAUUUACAAACCAUCACAGACUGAGAGGACAGAAAUGGGUGUUGGAAAAAAAAAAGAGUAGGUGGAAGAAGAUAACGGUGCUGAUACAAUGGGUUGAAGGUAAAAGCUUGAGCCUUGCCACUGCAAUUCGCUCUCCUAGGUACACCAACUGACUUCAAAAGUUCUACUCUGACCUCCGAUCUCCACAGUAAUAGCAGCAGGGACAUCAGCCUGAGGGGGAAAUUAUAGGUAAUAUGUUUGUUUUUUCACAAAAAGAAAUGUUCACAAGAAAACUUGAAAGAAGUUGAGGGUCCACAAAAUAUGUCCAAUGGCUGGCGGCAUUGAGCAUGAGAGAUAAUAAGAAAGGAACAAAAGUAACAUAAGCCCCAAAGGCUAGGUGAUGUGUAUGCAGAUAAAGCUGUGGCCAGGGAAAACACCUCUAGGUGAGAGGCACCCCUUUGUCCCUAGAGACUAGUUUAACACCUGACAUGAAGAAGCCGCUUGGCACAUAAUUGUUAAAUAAAUAACUAGGCCCAAACAGAGAGCCUGCAUAAAGUGAAACAGAAUUCAAACCUACACCAAAGGCAGGCUUGGGGAAGGCGAAAGAAGACAGCAACAAAAGUGAGCUUCCUUCCCAAGCAUCCACCUCCCAUCACCCCCAGGGACCUCAUUAAAGGUGUUUAGCUGGGCAGGUGUAAACCAGCCUUGGGCCUGGGAGACAGGGCAGGGUGCUGGAGCUCCAUUGCCUCCACCCACUCCAUACCUGCUAGCUCUAGUUGUGUUGCUAAGAGCUUCAAAGACAGAAAAGACGCAGCUGGAGCCCGAGGGCAGCCUCUUCCAGGAAGCCAGGCACUUUCCCAAGCCACCUAUAAUCGGAGAAUCACUGGAUAGUCUACAGACUAGAACCACACUACGGAAACAUGAGCCAGGACGGCAAAGUGAAGACCACAGAGUCCACGCCCCCAGCCCCAACCAAAGCCAGGAAGUGGCUGCCAGUCCUAGACCCAUCUGGGGAUUACUACUACUGGUGGCUGAACACAAUGGUCUUCCCAAUCAUGUACAACCUCAUCAUCGUUGUAUGCAGGGCCUGCUUUCCUGACUUGCAGCACAGUUACCUGGUGGCCUGGUUCGUGCUGGACUACACGAGUGACCUGCUGUACCUACUAGAUAUUGGGGUACGCUUCCACACAGGAUUCCUAGAGCAGGGCAUCCUGGUGGUAGACAAAGGCAUGAUCGCCAGUCGCUACGUCCGCACCUGGAGCUUCCUGUUGGACCUGGCGUCCCUGGUCCCCACAGAUGCGGCCUAUGUGCAGCUGGGCCCCCACAUCCCUACACUCCGGCUAAACCGCUUUCUCCGAGUGCCCCGCCUCUUUGAGGCUUUUGAUCGUACAGAGACCCGCACGGCAUACCCAAAUGCCUUCCGCAUAGCCAAGCUGAUGCUUUACAUUUUUGUUGUCAUCCAUUGGAACAGUUGCUUAUACUUCGCCCUGUCCAGGUACCUGGGCUUUGGACGGGAUGCGUGGGUAUACCCAGACCCUGCGCAACCUGGCUUUGAGCGCUUGCGGCGCCAGUAUCUCUACAGCUUCUACUUCUCCACUCUGAUCCUGACCACAGUGGGUGACACGCCGCUGCCAGACCGAGAGGAAGAGUACCUCUUCAUGGUGGGUGACUUCCUGCUGGCCGUCAUGGGUUUCGCCACCAUCAUGGGUAGCAUGAGCUCUGUCAUUUACAACAUGAACACUGCAGAUGCGGCCUUCUACCCAGACCAUGCGCUGGUAAAGAAGUACAUGAAGCUGCAGCAUGUCAACAAGAGGCUGGAGCGGCGAGUUAUUGACUGGUACCAGCAUCUUCAGAUCAACAAGAAGAUGACCAACGAGGUAGCCAUCUUGCAGCACCUGCCUGAGCGGCUGCGGGCGGAGGUUGCUGUGUCCGUGCACCUGUCUACCCUGAGCCGAGUACAGAUCUUCCAGAACUGUGAAGCCAGCCUGCUGGAAGAGCUGGUGCUGAAGCUACAGCCCCAGACCUACUCGCCAGGCGAAUAUGUGUGCCGCAAAGGGGACAUUGGCCGAGAGAUGUACAUCAUCCGUGAGGGCCAGCUGGCUGUGGUAGCCGAUGAUGGUGUCACACAGUAUGCUGUGCUUGGUGCAGGGCUCUACUUUGGGGAGAUCAGUAUCAUCAACAUCAAAGGGAACAUGUCUGGAAACCGACGAACAGCCAACAUCAAGAGCCUAGGUUAUUCAGACCUGUUCUGCCUCAGCAAGGAGGAUCUGCGGGAGGUACUGAGUGAGUACCCACAGGCCCAGGCGGUCAUGGAGGAGAAGGGCCGAGAAAUCUUGCUUAAAAUGAAUAAGUUGGAUGUGAAUGCUGAGGCAGCUGAGAUCGCCCUCCAGGAGGCCACAGAGUCUCGGCUCAAAGGCCUCGACCAGCAGCUUGAUGAUCUGCAGACCAAGUUUGCUCGCCUACUGGCUGAGCUGGAGUCCAGUGCACUGAAGAUAGCUUACCGCAUCGAAAGGCUCGAGUGGCAGACUCGAGAGUGGCCAAUGCCAGAGGACAUGGGUGAGGCUGAUGAUGAGGCUGAGCCUGGAGAAGGGACGUCCAAGGAUGGAGAGGGAAAGGCUGGCCAGGAGGGACCCUCAGACAUAGAAUGACCCCGUCCUGACCCUAGGACUCCCAGCUCAAAUAAAUCCAGAGUGGUGGGAAAGUCUGCCUGCAGGAACUGUCAUCCUCUUUGCUAGGUUACAGAAUGUAGGUAAAUUGGUCUAUAGAUGCCUAGCUAGGGAUGUGGGUCACAGCAUCCAUUAAAUCCCAUACUCACCAGCAAAUGUACACACACACACACACACACACACACACACACACACACACACACACACACACAAACACGCGCACGCACACGCUCAAGACUGAGUUCUACAUAAUGUUCCUGUCUUCUGCACACAUGUGCACCAUGAUCACAGAGAACAAUUGAAUGCACUGGGACUCUUGAGGUAAGCUUUACACAUCUUAAAGGAGGUCUGCUGGUUUAGGGCAAGGACAGUGUUGGAGCUACAGGGAAAGUAGACAGAUACAAUUCCUGAACUCUAGGUCACCACUUCAGCUGCUUCAGGGUAUGGCCCGACUUCAGGUCUGAGCUGGGCCAGGCGGUAUUUUGAAAUGAACCUGAUGUGUAACUUAGAGUACAGCUAGAUAAUAAGUGUCAUUAUCGGGAGAGAGUAAGAGGGUUAUUGCACUUUACAACAUUUUAAAAUAUGUAAUUAUUUUGUGAUU